AAACCAACGAGAGAUUCCUCUCCAACCUCAAGCUAGCUCUUAUUCAUGGCUGACAGCGAUAACGCCAGAUCCACAACCGGAAAAGAUGAGGAGGAGCAAGUUGACGAGAGGAAGUAUUUCCAGAAGGUGCUUAAAGACGUCGUGGCCCUCAACUCCCUCUUCACGGUCGCAGUCUUCGUCGGCCUCUCCCUCGCCCAGCCGGGCCAAGUUCAGAGCCUCCAGGAUGAAACAACUUGCCACCCAGACGCAAAAAUACGCAAGCGGCUUGUAGCCUUUGAGAUAGCCUCCUUCAGCUGCUUCAUCUGCUCUGGCUUCCUCGCCAAGACAGUCAUGGUCUUCCUCUACAUCGACAAGAAUCAGGACAGAGACGCGAAGAACCUGCACCGCCAGUUGAAGUACCUCGUCGGGUUCUAUUUGUCAAUAUACGUGUCCAUGGUCGGGUGCCUACUACUGCUCCUGGCCAUGGUCGACGUCGUCCAGAUCAAGCUCGGCCGGCUCUCGUGCCACAGCAAGUUCACGGUCGGCACUGUAUCCGUCAUGGUUGGCACCAUCGGCCUCAGCCUUGUUAUCUACUUCAUGUCAGUGACCUACGGCGUGGUGGUCACCUUCAAGGCGGUGGAGAAAGGCAAGGGUGGUCCCGUCUCGAAGGACGACAACAGAGUGUAAUGAGGAGAGGCGAGAAGUUCAAUAGUAGGACAAUCUAAAAUAUGCAGGAAUUAUCAUGUAACGUAUAUCUAGUGAUAUGUGUUUUAUUAGAUGUAGGUUGUGUAGGGCUUGAUAUAUCGUAAGUCCAUGUAUGUUAUGUUUUAAGUGAAGUAGUUUUUCGAUUGUGCAUUA